AUUCUCGCUCGAGCAACAUCAUUACUCUGCGCGUCUGCAUUACACGAAUUUAUUGCUUGACAGACAUCAAGUAGCUUAUUUAGAAGCAGUUGAAAUUAAAGUGGUGACAAGUUUACACAUAUUUCAAUCAUUCAAGUAAAUGUUAACUUCAAGAUAGGCAAUAGAUUUGUUUCCACUAGAUGGUAACACAGCAAAUAUUUGUUCGCUCGCUCUGGCUUGCUACAUCACAUAUCACAUAACCUCAAACUCAAACACGAACUACGGAGUUAAGUUGUCCGUUGAGCGUGUAGAUCUUCCUAGGAAAAACAAGCAAAGCGAUACAGUUCAACCAAGGCUGUAUAAUAUAAGUAAUUAAAAGAAAAUAAGCUAACGGCCCCCCGCGGAAGCGGAAAGAGUGAAAUAGAAUUGUACAAAAAAACCUGAAAAAAUAAUAGGCUACAGUACGUCAACCGGAGGACAGCCAGGUCCGCAGCAAACUACGCAAGGACAAAUGGCUAAUACUGGUACACCAACAGACGCGAAAUCGACACCUGAUCCAGAGAAAUGUAGACUCAUCCAGCAACAGUUGGUGCUACUUUUGCAUGCACAUAAAUGUCAACGAUGUGAAAGCCAAGCAAACGGCGAGAUGAGACAAUGUACCUUGCCGGACUGCAAAACUAUGAAAAAUGUUCUAAAUCACAUGAGGAAUUGUCAUGCCGGAAAGAAUUGCACCGUGCCUCACUGUAGCAUGUCAAGGCAGAUCAUCAGUCAUUGGAAGCAUUGUAAUCAAAGUGAUUGUCCGGUUUGCUUGCCGAUAAAACAAGCACAGGACAGGACAAAUUCUGCGCAAGCACCCGCAAUUCAACCAAAUAAUCAGCCAAUUCCAAGCCCAUCCGAAAUGAGAAGGGCUUAUGAUGCUUUAGGAAUUCAGUGUCCGACAACAACAUCGGGGCUUUUAUCCGGUCAAGGCAUUGGUAGGGGCGUUGGAAUGCCAGCUCCCGGCAUGACGGGUGGUCCACCAGGGGCAUUGGACAACGUUGGAUUAGUGCAAUCUCAAACACAGACGUCAUGUGUUUUAGUUGCACCAGGACAAUCCGUAGCCUUUGCCGGACAACAAGUAGUCACGCCGAACGUAUCUUUUCCUUUGAAUUCCGAUCCUAGUAUAGUAGGGGUAGCUGGCAAUCAGACGGUAUCAACGACCGGACCUACAGCCACUGACGCAGCGGCCGCUGUCGGUAUACAGGUUAUUCCAAAUGGAUUAGAGGAUCUACAGUUUCCAGGCGGUCUUCAACCCGGUCAAGUCACAGCGAUACCGAUGCAAGGAACAAAGGAGUGGCAUCUGUCCGUCACUCCAGAUCUCAGGAACCAUCUCGUUUAUAAAGUGGGUCAAGCAAUAUUCCCGACUCUUGAUCCACAAGCUAUGCUUGAUAAAAGAAUGCACAUCUUGGUCGCGUACGCGAGGAGGGUGGAAAGUGACACGUACUUUAUGGCUAACUCCCGGCCGGAAUAUUAUCAUCUGCUGGCCGAGAAAAUCUACAAGAUUCAAAAGGAACUUGGUACGUAGUUACAACGACAUCGAAAGAUUCAUUAAAGU